CGAUAUAGGGACGGGUCUUUGCGCGGAACGAAUUAAAAAAACAAAACGUCAUUAUUUGCCGCGUAAAAAAUACAGAUUAAAUAUUACUAAUAUUAACAUCGUUCUUUUUUUUUAAAGUGUAGUGAUGAGAUUAAUAUCUAUCUUGUUGUAGUGAUGUGAAAUAUUUUAUGGUGUUUUGGUGUCACGGCAGAAUCUGAGCCGAUAAUACGAUAAGUAACUAAUAGAGGUGGGUUCAGUUAAUAGUUUAACUCGUUGACUGGUUAUAUUGCUUCAAUGAUAACAUUCUUUUGCCUUUAAUGUGUUCUCAAUAUUAUGUUAUGCAGGUCAAAAGUUACAUAAAAACAUCUCAGCGAGCUGUGGACUGUUCACGUUCUAUUUCCAAAUAGACAAGUGAAAUCAACACAUUUUUCAUCCAAUCGAUAAAAACAUAGUGUUUCAUUUACAAUUCAAAGUGUAGAAAAUUCUGCGUUGAAUCGCGGUGACCUAAAAAAUAAACUGUAAAUUCUACUUGUAAUUUGAACUAAAUAAACAACUUAACGUACAAAAGUGAAUAAAAAAGUAGUAAAGUUGUAAAAGAUCCAAAUAACAAAGUGUGAAUACUACGAUUCAAAAGUAAUGUGAAUUUAAAUUUCCAAUAAAUUUUACCUAAAAUACGAGUAUUUUUAAUAUCGAAUAUAGUGAAAAUAUAGAGUGAAAAUCCGACAUGAAAUGUGGGAAACUGAAUUAAUAAAAAUUAUAGUGACGGUGGAAAAACGCGGUAAACAAGUGGAAAUUGUGCGUAAGACAGUGGAAAGUGAAACUUAAUACAGUGGAAAUUUGAUGUGAAACAGUGGAAAUUUGCUGUGAAAGUGGGGAAAUUGGGAGUGGAACAGUGGAAAUUUGAUGUGAAACUGGGGAAAUUGGGCGUGAAACUGGGAAUCGCACGUGAAACAGUGUAUGAUGUGUACGGAGCAUGGGCGAGCAGCUGCACAAGACCUGCGUGCGGGUGAACUCCGCUGACGAUGAGGAGGCGCGCGACGAGGUGGACCAUGAACUGCCGAAGAAGAACCCCUUCGUGCGGGGCUCAGACCCUCGCGUGGCGACGUGUCGCGGGCGGCUGCAGACGCGGCGCUGCCAGCUCAACCAGGAGAUCAACAAGGAGUUGCGGCUGCGGGCCGGCGCGGAGAACCUGUUCAAGGCCACAACGAACAGGAAGCUGCGCGAGACGGUGGCGCUGGAGCUGAGCUUCGUCAACUCGAACCUGCAGCUGCUCAAGGAGCAGCUCUCCGAGCUCAACUCGUCGGUGGAGCUCUAUCAGAAUGACAGCAAGGAGUGCGUCAUGCCAAUGAUCCCGCUCGGCCUGAAGGAGACCAAGGAGGUAGACUUCAGAGAGCCGUUCAAAGACUUCAUCCUCGAACACUACAGCGAAGACGCGGCUACGUAUGAAGACGCCAUCUCUGACUUUAUGGACAUGAGACAGGCGAUGAGAACUCCAGUGCGCUCGACGGCGGGAGUAGCCCUCUUGUUCAAAUACUACAACCAGCUGUAUUACAUCGAGAGGCGGUUCUUCCCGCCCGACAGGUCCCUCGGCGUCUACUUCGAGUGGUUCGAUUCUUUAACAGGAGUCCCAUCGUGUCAGCGAACAGUUGCUUUCGAGAAAGCGUGCGUGUUGUUCAACAUUGCUGGCAUUUACACACAAAUCGGGGCCAGGCAGGAGCGAGCGACGUGCGCGGGGCUGGACGGCGCGGUGGACGCCCUGCUGCGAGCGGCUGGCGCGCUGCGGUACAUCCACGAGAACUUCACCAACGCGCCCUCCGUCGACCUUGCCGCCGACACGCUGCUGGUGCUGGGCGCCCUCAUGACGGCGCAGGCGCGCGAGUGCCUGUUCGAGAAGCUGCAGCUGCAGGCGCGCGAAGCGUGCGGCGGGCGCGAGCGCGAGCUGCGCGACGACCUGGACAUGUGCCUCGACCUGGCGCAGGAGAGCGCGCAGCUCGCCACCACCUACCACCAGCUCUAUGAGAAGAUGCAGACGGAGGGAGUGUUCAACUACGUGCCAUACUCGUGGGUCUCGCUGGUCCACGUCAAGACUGAGUUUUACAAAGCGCUGGCGCACCAGUACUGCGCGACGGGUCUGUUGCACGCCACGGGCGAGCGUCGCGCGCGCGACCGCCUCGCCGCGCUCUACGCGCCCGCUGACGGCGACGGUUCUCUAACGGGUUUCAAGUACGACGAGGAGUUCGACCACACGGCGCUGGGCCGCGCGCACCUGGUGGAGGCGCUGGCGCUGUACGAGGAGGCGCUGAGGCUGCAGAGGAUGUGCCGCGAGCUGCGCAACAAGGAGGCGCUGUCGCGGGCGGUGCGCGCGGCGCGCGAGCGGGCGUCGCGCGAGCACGCGCCGCCGGCAGACGAGUUCGCCGACCUGCUGGACGCGCCCAACAUACUGCCGUCAUCGAAGUUCCAGCUAGCGCUGACGCCGCCCGACUUCGCGCAGUACCGCGUGGACGACCUGUUCAAGUCGCUGGGGCCCAUCGCCGUGUUCUCGGCCAAGCGGCACUGGAGCGCGCCGCGCCUACUGCAGCUGCACAAGGCCGACCGGCGCGCCGCGCGCCGCGACAGGCGCAACGGACACGACGACAACAAGGUCAAGCGACGCGCGAGCGACAAGCGAGACCGGUCCGAAGACAACACGACGUACUACAACCAGGUCAUACGGAGCGACGAGAAAUACACAGACGAUUACGACAAACACAGAGUGACUAAACAGAACGGCGUCUACAUCAACAGCUUCGACAACAACUUCGAAUACCACCCGAAGGUUCUAGACGACAAGUAUGGGUACAAGGAGAACGGAUACAAGGACUACGGGAAGGCGAACGGGCGGGAGAGGAGGAAGGCGGAGUUGAGGAGGGUGGCGAGCGAGUACAGUGUCAACAAGGAAGAGGAAGGCUAUGGGUUUUCCGUGAGAGGGGACGCGCCGGUCGUCAUCUCUGCUGUGGAGCCUAACUCUUUGGCUGAUAUCGGCGGCAUGCGCGAGGGCGACUUCAUCAUCUCGAUCGGCGACACGGACGUGAAGUGGAGCUCCCACGAGGAGGUGGUGGCGCUCAUCCAGCGCGCCGCCGACUCGCUCACGCUGCGCCUCGCCACGCCCAUGGACCGCGCCCACAACAAGUCGUCGCCGGAGACCCCGCGGCAGUCGAGCUCCAACCAGGGCUCCGUGUCGGCCGCGUCCACGGCGUCCAGCGGCUCCACAGCCGCCACCGCGCGCUCGGCGGCGCGCCGCGUGCCCUCGUGGAACCCCUUCAAGCGCGGCGCGCGCGACGCCGGCUCGCACCGCGGCUCGCACGCCGACGUCAUCUUCCGAUAGCGACCCGGCGCGCCCCGACAGGGUCCGGUAGUGUCAACCCUUCACUCGACCGCAUUAGUCUGUUCCGGUAGUGUCAACCCUUCACUCGACCUUAUUAGUCUGUUCCGGUAGUGUCAACCCAGUAGUAGUUGCGUAGCACUCGACCUUUUUAAUCUGUGCAAUGUGUAAGUCUCGUUUGCUUGACGCAGCUGGCGGAAUUUGAACAUGGCGACCCGGCAGUUGACAGAUUAGACCACUACCGGACGGAUACUGAGACGGUAGACGAAAGUCUCAGUGUACUGGAUUGUUAAAUAGAAGCAGGUGUUACUUUGUAGAAUUUCUUAUGAACCAUGAAUAAUUAGUUUAUAUUGCUAUUUUCCGUAAAAACUGAUCAGUGAACUGAACUGAACAGUUGUUCUGAUCUGAUGGCUGGGCUUAGCUUUUUGCCAUCUUACAAAUUAUUUAUCAUUCCACUGUGAUAAUCAAAAAUGAAACCACUUGAUUGAUUGAUUGAUUCUGAAAAAAGGGAUAGGCAGGGUUGAAAACCAUAGAGACAUCUCAAUUUCUAUAGAAGAAUAAUCUAAAGUAUUAGUUAUUCUACUAGGUAUUUAUUAAACUAAUAUUAACGACAGUAAAAUUGAGUGCCUAUAUAUAUACUAUUUGUUACUCUGACAAAUUCAUGACAAAUUCAUGUACAUAUUUACAUUCCACUGAACAGUAAUAUUGUACUACCCACAUUAAGGAGUUUACAGAACUCAUUUAUUUUCUAACUUCACUAAUGCCUUUUUUGUUACCUUUAUUUUAUAUCUUGUAUAUAAAUCUAUGAAUCCGUCCCUUUGACUGCAUCUAUUAUAUAUUUAGUUUCUAAAUAUAUAUUUAGGCUAAGAAAAUAUAAUAUAUGGCUAUGACAUUCCAAAGUUUUCCCUUCAAUUUCAAUAUAGAAUAUAUUGUUUAGCUUCACUUUCAUAAUGAUGUAUAAGUUGCUUGAAUAUAAACAAAAGUUCUUUAUAUAUGUGUAUGCAUUUUGAAUAUAUUAUAUUCCUGUUUGUUGCAUAUUACACUUAGCUACUCUACAGUACUCGUAUUGUGUAUCUCUAUCAGGUCAUUCUUUAAUUAUUUACAAAUCCUAAAAUUUAUAUUUCUAGCAAAACUUUUAACUAUAAUAAUACAAAAAUUGUAUGUAAGUGGCAUUGUUAAAGGCAGUUAAAAGUUUAAAACUGGUUAAAUGAACAAUUUCUUGUCUUUACCCAAGCUCUAUUGAUUUUAAGCCUAUAGAUAUCCUCUUUGAUGAUUUUUUUCUUUCAAUGCCACUUUUUUAAAAGUAUGAUUGCCAAUAAAGUCGUCGUUCUGUCAUUAAUUAGUAGCCUGGUAACACUAUUCUAUUUUAGAACCAAUUACUUAAAAUCUAUUUAUUAUCUAAUAUAAUAUAUUUAAUGAUUAAUUCUUAUUUUUGUGAACUGUCACAUCUUUAUUUCACUCAAGAAGUGGACAGUUAACGAAAAAAAUUCGACAUCUUUAUCAUUCUUAGGUGUGCUAACUUAUCGACCUACAUUACAACAUAUUUCCACACCAAACAUCGAAAGUUAAAUUAGCUUACCUAAUAUAACCAGAAUAAAAAAUACUUGGGUAUAUAAAAAAUAAAUGUUAUUUAUUAUUUCAUUGUUUUAGUGUGGAUUAAAAUUGUUAUUUAAUACCUUUACCUACAUAAGAUGUCGAAAAAAAACCUCAUUUACUUAAAAAAAAAUCCUUAAAAUCGCCUUAGUUUACAGAGAUGAUAAACUAAACAUAUCAUAUACUUAUUUCUGUAUGUUUUUAAUGUAUAAAAGAAUUUUAUCAUUUUCAUUAUUUUAUUAUUAAAUGGUUUUUGCAAUAUUUGAUUUAAUAUUUUGGUUGUGAUCGAUGUAAAAAUAUGUAAGUACCCUUGUACCUACCGACAGGUUUGAUAAUUUCGGUUUUAAAUAACUUUGGUUAAUUAAAAAAAAACAUUUUUUUAAAUAUUUAAAACAAUUUUACGUUGAAUAUUUGUUAUUUCAUAAGCCGAAGCAACCAAGCCUGGCUCAGUUUCUCUUAAUAGAAAUGUUAUUGAUCGCACCCUAAUAUUAAAGAAUUUGUUAUUAAUUUAAUAACGUUUAGAAAUUAAAAUGUAUAUCAAUGUAUAGAUCGGUAUAAGUUAAUAUAAUAUAAUAAUAUAAUCGUUAGAGUUUGUAAAAAAAAUAUUGAUUUAUGAAAUAUAUUUUUUGUGAAAAA